AUGGCUGCACAGUGCUGGGAUGGAUACGUAGGAAGCCAUUGCCAGUUUCGUGACCCGUGCACCUCCUCGCCAUGCAUGAACAGUGGCGCGUGUCAUGCCGUCACCAGGGGGAACACGGUGGACUUCAGCUGCACCUGCAAACUGGGCUACAUCGACCGUCACUGCCAGACACCCGUCAGCGAUGUCUGCAUCAGCUCGCCGUGUCGCAACGGAGGGACCUGCGAGCUCGAGACCCUCCAGACGUACAAGUGUCGCUGCCCACCUGGAUGGUCAGGUAAACUGUGCACACAAGCCGACCCCUGCGCCUCGAACCCCUGUGCCAACAACGGCCAGUGCUCUGCCAUCGAGUCCCACUACAUCUGCACCUGCACGUCGUUCUUCUCCGGAAAGAUCUGCAAUCAGGACGUCAACGAGUGCGAUGCAACCCCAUCGCCCUGCAAGAACGGCGGCCUGUGCGUCAAUGAGGUCGGUGGCUACAGAUGCCAGUGUCCGCAGGAGUACAUGGGCAAGCACUGCGAGAGCCGCUACCUGCCGUGCAGCCCGUCGCCCUGCCACAACGGAGGCACCUGCAUCCAGAAGGGAGAGACCAGCUACGAAUGCUCCUGCGUGCCAGGUUUUACUGGGAAAAACUGCAACUACAACAUCGACGACUGUCCCAAUCACAGGUGCGACAAUGGAGGGACGUGUGUGGACGGAGUCAACACCUACAACUGCCAGUGUAAACCAGAAUUUACAGGUCAGCUCUGCGCAGACGACGUUGACGAGUGCCAACUCAUGCCCAACGCCUGCCAAAAUGGUGGCACGUGCCACAACAUCCACGGCAGCUACCAGUGUGUGUGUGUAAACGGCUGGACCGGGGACGACUGCAGCGAGAACAUCGACGACUGUGCCAGCGCCGCAUGCUACAGCGGCUCCACCUGUCACGACCGCGUGGCGUCUUUCUACUGCGAAUGCCCCCAUGGCCGCACAGGUCUGCUGUGCCAGCUGGACGACGCCUGCAUCAGUAACCCGUGUCAGAAGGGCUCCAACUGUGACACCAACCCUGUCACUGGAAAUCAUUUCUGUACCUGCCCCUCGGGAUACUACGGUGCUUCCUGUGACCAGGAUGACGAUGAGUGUGCACUGGGCUCCAACCCGUGUGAGCACGCAGGGAAGUGCAUCAACACCAAGGGCUCGUUCGAGUGCAAGUGCCAGCACGGUUACACGGGGCCACGGUGCGAGCUGGACAUCAACGAGUGCAUGUCCAACCCGUGCAUGAAUGAGGCCACAUGCCUGGACCAGAUAGGAGACUUCCACUGCAUCUGCAUGCCAGGCUACGAGGGGGGCUUCUGCGAGAUCGAUUCAGACGAGUGCGCCAGCGGCCCCUGCCUGAACAACGGCAAGUGUAUCGACAAGAUCAACUCUUUCCACUGCCAGUGCCCCACAGGCUUCACCGGGAUCCUCUGCCAAAUCAACAUCGAUGAGUGUGCCAGCACUCCGUGCAAAAAUGGCGCCAAAUGCACAGACGGGGCCAACAAGUACACCUGCGAGUGCACUGAAGGUUACUCGGGGAGACACUGUGAGACGGACAUCGACGAGUGUUACUCUAACCCCUGCCACCACGGCACCUGCGUCGACGGCCUGGCCUCCUUCAGCUGCAACUGCAAACCUGGAUACACGGGCCGGCUGUGUGAAACCAACAUCAACGAGUGCCUGAGCCAGCCGUGCAGGAACGGAGGAACCUGCCAGGACCAGGAGAACGCCUACAUAUGCAGCUGCCACAAGGGAACCACAGGAAUCAACUGUGAAAUGAACAUAGACGACUGCAAGAGUAACCCCUGUGACUACGGGACCUGCAUCGACAAGAUCAAUGGCUACGAGUGUGCAUGUGAACCGGGCUACACCGGCACCAUGUGUAGCAUCAACAUCGACGAGUGCGCCACCAACCCCUGCCACAACGGCGGCACCUGCAACGACGGCAUCAACGGCUUCACCUGCAAGUGUCCAGAGGGUUACACUGACACCACCUGCUUCUCCCAGGUCAACGAGUGUCUCAGCAACCCCUGCAUCCACGGUCACUGUGACGAUAAGAUCAACGGCUACAAAUGUCUGUGUGAUUCUGGCUGGAGCGGCAAAAACUGUGACAUCAACAACAACGAGUGUGAAUCCAACCCGUGCAUGAAUGGAGGCACCUGCAAGGACAUGACCAGCGGAUACGUGUGCACCUGUCGUAUGGGCUUCACCGGACCAAACUGCCAGACCAACAUCAACGAAUGUGCCUCCAACCCCUGCCUCAACCAGGGGAUGUGCAUCGACGACGUUGCAGGCUACAAGUGCAUCUGUGUCCUGCCUUACACGGGAGAUAACUGUGAAACCCUGAUGGCCCCCUGCAGCUCCAAACCCUGCAAACAUGGAGGAAUGUGUCAGGAGUCUGAGGACUAUCAGAGCUUCUCUUGUGUCUGUCCUGAAGGAUGGCAAGGACAAACCUGUGAGGUGGACAUCAAGGAGUGUGUGAAGAAUCCCUGUCUCAAUGGAGCGACCUGCCAGAACACUCUGGGCAGUUACCGCUGUGGCUGCAAACCGGGCUUCACCGGACGCAACUGUGAAACCAACAUUGACGACUGCCAGCCCAACCCCUGCAGCAAUGGAGGCUUCUGCAAGGACGAGGUGAACGGCUUCCUGUGCACCUGCCUGCCCGGCUUCAGGGGCACAAAGUGCGACGAGGACAUCAACGAGUGCGAGAGCAACCCGUGCAAGAACGGAGCCAACUGCACCGACUGCGUGAACAGCUACACGUGCACCUGCCCGGCCGGCUUCAGCGGGAUCCACUGUGAAAAUAACACUCCGGACUGCACGGAGAGCUCCUGCUUCAACGGCGGCACCUGCAUGGACGGCAUCAACACCUUCACAUGUUUGUGCCCGCCCGGCUUCACCGGGAGUUACUGCCAGCACGACAUCAACGAGUGCGACUCCAAACCCUGUCUGAACGGAGGCACCUGCCAUGACAGCUACGGCACCUACAAGUGCACCUGCCCUCACGGUUACACCGGACUCAACUGUCAGAACUUGGUUCGUUGGUGUGACUCUUCGCCCUGUAAGAACAGAGGAACCUGCUGGCAGCGGGGAACCACCUACAGCUGUGAGUGUGAGACCGGCUGGACGGGUCUUUACUGUGACGUCCCCAGUGUCUCCUGCGAGGUGGCAGCCAAACAGAGAGGAGUCGAUGUCGCCCAUCUGUGUCGUAACUCGGGCAAGUGUCUGGACGCAGGAAACGUUCACUACUGCCACUGUCAGGUCGGAUAUACCGGGAGCUACUGUGAGGAGCAGGUGGAUGAGUGCACCCCGAACCCCUGCCAGAACGGAGCCGUCUGCACCGACUUUUUGGGCGGAUACACCUGCAAGUGCAUGCCAGGCUACGUGGGGACCAACUGCUCCGACGAGAUCAAUGAGUGCUUCUCCCAGCCGUGCCAGAACGGGGGCACCUGCAUUGACCUGAUCAAUACCUACAAAUGCUCCUGUCCCCGCGGAACCCAAGGUCAGCAGACCCCACGCACACGCCUCCGCACCUCUCCGUCCUCUCCUCCUCGUCUCCACGCUUCAUUAAUUAGGGCUUAG